UCCAGACCUCACGUUGACAAACUACAUCCAUUCAAAACACCGGAGGUACCGGUCAGUUUUGAUCCAGUAAGACGACAAAAGUACGGAGAGUCAGAUUUCCAUGGGUCAAGAUGAAAUGCAUCAGUCUGCUGCUGUUUCUGGCUCUGCUGUUCUUCUCUGGACGAAUCCAAGGUUCCACUGAGAUUCUGCCAACUGGAAAAGAAUCAGAUAUUAGUUUCCCUGUAGAAAAGCUUUCUGAAAAUUGCACGGUUUUAUGGCUUGAUCAUUUAAAUAAGACCAUUGGAACAUGUGACCCGAUUGGAAAAACAAAAUUGGAGCAGCGUUUCAAAGGAAAAGUGAGGAUUUCUGGACCAACAACACUGAAGUUUCUGAGCCCACAGACAUCAGACAGUGGAUUAUAUUCUGCAAAGGUGAUAGGAGAUAAACAUAAUGAUAUAGUGAUCCCCUUCAACAUCAGAUUCCAAGAUCCAGUGUCUCCAGUCGGGCUGAAGGUCAUUUCAGAAUCCUCCUGUAAAGCAACCUGCAGUACAGACGACGAUGAGAUCAACUGCAUUUUCGAGUGUGAUGAUAAAUCCUGCCGUCUGGUGGGAGGAGAGGGGUCAAAGGUCACUAAAUCUGGGGCUACCCUCAGUCUCUACCAGUCAAAUGGAUCAAUCAUCUGUAACCAUAGCAACCAGGUCAACUGGACCCAAAACAAGACAGAGAUCCAGCCCUGUUUGAGAUCUGAAGGGUCCACAAAGCAAACUGCUCUUAUUGCUGGGGUCACUGGUCUAGUUGUAGCUGCCAUCAUUGGUGUGUGCUACUGUAAGAAGAGGAAUCUCGCAUGUUUUGGAGAGCAAUCGAACUCGCAGGUGCUUUAACCUCAGCAAGUCAACGGAGACCCCUGCAUCAUUCCUGAGUCUGACGACCUAAUGGAGGAAAACACUGAAGAGUCACCUGUUUAAAAACACGGACCGUCUCUCUGUGCUGCUUCACAGGCCCCUGACCAAAGCUUAUAAACGCCAGAAAUAGUUUUCCUGUAACUUCAGGUUACAGGCGGUGCAUACAAACACAUGGUUGAUGGAGCUAGUUCUCUCGUCUUGGCUCUGAUUGGUUGUUUCUUAUGGAGUAUUUUUGAUGAUGGCAGUAGGACUAGGGAUGGGAAUUGUUUACAAACUCAGUAUUCAAGUCCAAUUUUUGGGACCAAAUCAUGAUGUACGAGUCAGAUCAAUUAUUCAUAAUGAUUUCUGCUUUAAUUGAUCAGUGUGCCUCAUUCAGUCCGCUUUGCAGCCUAGAAUGACAAACGGAGAUGAAGGGAAUUCAUUUUAAUCAAUAAUCUAUACUUGGACUGAAUUAUUCUUUCUGCGUUUUUUGUUUUUAUGAAACUGUCACUGGAAGUGCCACAUGUUUAUGUACAGAACUGCCUCCAUUUACAACGACGUUGCAAUUUCUAUGGUGCGUUUUUUAGCCAUUUCACAAUGUUUGUAAUUAUUUAGCAAAGAGGCAUAAAAAAAUUUACAUAAUUUCUCACUGUGUUUGAUAAACAUUCAGUAUUUGCACCGGACAGAGAAAACAAAUUAGCCUGGUAAAGAUCAGCCCCUUUUCCUAAAGCCAUUCUCUUUGUACAAUCGUUACUGAGAAACGAUUGCUUUCUGUGUUCAGGUUUUAAAUUUUAAUGUUUCCCCGUGAUGUAAAUGACACCAGUUCGACUAUGAAGCUUACCGGAAAUAACUUGCACUGUAAACAACCGUCCUACAUUGUGAAGAGAGAAGAGCCGAUCUGAACGAGCCUGUUGUUAAUUUAAUGCCCAACGCCUACAUAGGACCACACAGAGGAACCAGAUAUGCUUGAUAUUCUUUCAUAAAUUGUCUGUUGGAACAGAGUAAGAGUUUCAUAAAGGCUUACCAAGCACUUUUUAACCCAAACUGCACCAGACGACAGAUGAGCAUUUUUUAAGUGUUUGCACAUAAGCUCAAAGUUGUUGAAAAAUAUUUAUCUACAGAGCCAGUUGUGCCUUUUGGGAUAAUGUGAAUGUAUUACCUACUGUGCAAUUUGAAAAUGACUAUUUUUCUUAACUACUGUUUGGCCAGAGACCUUGACCUGUAAAUGUAAAUGGUGCUCAGUGGCCAUUACCUCUGUUCAAGAUAUGCAUUAAAUUUUGUAACCAAC